AUGUUCUCAACCGAAGCCAAGAAGCGAAAUAUCAAUCAUGGCCACAACUCAGCAAGUCAUGAUCGGAAGAAAACUACUGCUUGGAAUACCAUAGAGUACGAUCUGUAUUCGAUAUGGCUUUUCACCUACAGCGACCUCAAGACCAUCGUUGGACCCAAGACAGUAUUCGGAAUAUUCAACAGCCUCCACGCUUCAGCUUUUGACCUACCUUGCCUUCAAUACUCGACAGCGUUGAAACGAUUACCAUUGGUCGUCUUCUGGACAUGGAUCAACCUCUUACCGUUCUCAAUCGAUAACCAACGACAACCAGAAGCGAUCAGGGAAGAUGGCGUCAACAAGCCUUGGCGUCCUAUGCCUUCGCAGAGGUUGACUCCACGUCAGGCGAAAAUCUGGAUGCUGGGACUCUACCCUGUUGCUGUUAUGUCGAGUGCCUAUCUCGGUGGUCUAAGGCAGUGUCUCUGCUUGAUAUGCCUAGGAUUCUGGUAUAAUGAUCUUGGAGGAGCCGAUCAAAACCCCUUGAUUCGAAAUCUCAUCAACAGCUGUGGAUUCCUCUGCUAUACAUCAGGGGCAAUGGAGGUGGCGUACGGAAGUUGGAUAUCCCUAUCUCCAGGCUCACUCCUAUUUCGAUGGUUCAGCGUCAUUGCCGCAGUGGUACUCACAACUGUGCACACGCAGGACAUGUACGACCAGGCCGGAGAUAGCUUACGUGGCCGCUGGACGGUUCCUCUAGCGAUGGGCGAUGGGCCCAGCAAAAUCACUAUUGCGAUACCAAUGGCGUUCUGGUCUUGGUUCGGGCCUCAGUUCUGGGCUCUGCACAUUGCAGCUUACAUCUUACCCGUGGGUCUAGGCUUGACGAUAAUACUGAGAACGCUGAUCUUAAGGAGUGUUGUGGAUGACAAGCGUACAUUCCAACUCUGGAAUCUUUGGGUCGUUGUCCUCUAUCUCCUACCACUUCUGAGUGAGCAGAAGUAG